AUUCGACACAGCAUUAGUAGCUGUUUGAAGACAUCAUCUUCUGUUCGACUGUAGUCAAAUAAUUGUCAUAAUGGCAAAGUUAAUAUUCCUCAUUGUUUUGGCUUUUGCUGCUUACGUUGCUGCUUAUCCUUCUCAAGACUCAAUGCAAUCAUUACCUGGACGAGUUAAAAGAGCUCCUGGUCCUAGUCCAAAUCCUGGUCAUGUCCAUCAUUAUGAAACGGAGACUCGAGAUCGUUUUGGCAAUACAUUUUACCGUCAUGAAGAUGUAUAUCAUCAUGAUCGUAACGAUUUCUUUGGUCAUGGUCAUUAUGGCCAUGAUCAUUUUGGCCAUGAUCAUUUUGGUCAUGGAUAUCAUGGGCAUGGACAUCAUGGACAUGGAUUAUUGGGUGGAUUUUUUGACAUCUUUGGUUAAAAAAAUAAAUAAUUAUAUUUUCUUUCAAGAUCCAUUGAAUCGAAAACCUAUGAAGUUUUUAUUCUGUAAUCAGAUAAUUGUUACAUCGUAACAUAAAUCUUAUUUUUCAUACUUGAAGAAAAGUAUAAAGUAGAUAAU